AUGUUGCGAGCUUGUGCAAUUGAUUUUAGAGGUAAUUGGGAUGAACAUCUACCUCUUAUGGAAUUUGCGUACAAUAAUAGUUAUCAAGAAAAUAUCCAGAUGGCUCUAUAUGAAGCACUUUAUGGGAGGAGUUGUAGAUCUCCAAUUGGGUGGUUUGAACCUACUGAUGUAGAACUAUUGGGUCCCGACUCAGUUCACGAAGCAAUAGAGAAGGUGAACCUCAUUGUGCAACGACUCAAGACAGCUCAGAGUCGACAGAAGUCUUAUACAGACAUGAGGCAUAGUGAGCUAGUAUUUUCUGUUAGUGACAAGAUUGUUAGGAGAAUUGGGAAGGUGGCUUAUGAGUUGAAGUUACCCUCUGAGAUGGACAUGGUGGAUCCCGUGUUUCACAUUUCGAUGUUGAGGUUGUAUAAACAUGAUCCUUCUCAUGUAUUGACUCAUGAAGGGAUUGAAAUGAACGAAGGGUUGUCUUAUGAAGAAGAACUAGUGCAGAUCUUGGAUCAACAAGUUAGGAGGUUGAGAACAAAAGAUGUAGCUUCAGUUAAACUUGAGGCUUAG